AUGGUGUUAAGCUCUCCUCUCCCACAAUCGACGAUUUCCCCUACUGACAACAACAACAACAUUAUAAUUAAUUCUGACUUCGACUUUCCUAUUUAUUCUCAAGAAACUAAUUCUUCUACUACCGAAGCUCCUAAUGAUUUUUAUCCAAAUAUUGGACAAGUUGGUCAUGUAGAUGGUUACGUCGAUUCUUACACUACUUUUGAUAAUCACAUCCAAUCAUCACCUCUAUUGGAAAAUUUAGGUUACACUCAAUUAGACCAAUCAAUUAACUUUACAACUUCGCCACACGGGAAUUCUAUAAACAACAAUCCGUCUUUGAAUCUUCAUACAAAUAACGUUUUUAAUUCCCCUCAUUCAUCCCCUUUCUCUGUUACAACUUCUGUUGAAGAUAAUAAUAUUCUUACAAAUUCACCUUAUUUACUUUUUUCACCUUAUUCACCUUGCGUUGGGGUAGUGCAACCAACUCAUUUGAUAUCAACUCCCGGUUACUCUGAUUUGGGAACUAUUAAUAUUAAUACCCCUGUUCUUACUCCAUUAAAUAUUUUUAAUACUCCUUACGAACAACCUUCGGAUUUUGAACCUGAACCUUAUUUUUCUGAUACUUCAAGAAAUACUACUCCAUAUAUCGCUCCUCAAACUCCGGACACUCCAUACACCCCAUUUAUUGAUCAACAAUUAAAUCACCUUACUUUAAAAGACCCGGAAUUAUACGAGAAAAGUUAUAAUAAUAAUUGGUUUUCUUUAUUCCCUAAUAAUCAUAAUUCUAUUCCUCAAUAUAUUAAUAUGGCUACAAUUUCUCAAAAUAACGUUUCUGAAGUUGAAAAAAAACUUGAUAUCUCUUCUGAAUCUACUGCUGCUGUUGUACCUGGUACUCCUAAUAGUACUUCCACUUCUGAAAAAUCUCCUUCAUUAAUUGUUCCUGAACAUGCUUCAGAAGAUUCUCGUCCUUCUAUCACUGAUGUUAAUGAUGUUAUUAACUCUGGAACAAAAUCUCCUAAUCAUUCUAGUGAUUCCACUCAUACUACUCCUGUAAAUACUCCUCAUUUGGUAGCUAUUAGACCUCGUAAAGAUGAUGAACCUGGUGAUCAUUCUGAACCAAUUCGUCGUAGUAAACGUCAAAAAAGGAGUGAAAAAGUUCAUGAAUGUUCCGUUUGUCGAAAACCUUUUUCUCGUAAAGAUGCUUGGAAGAGACAUAAUGCUACUUGUGGAAAGAU